AUGCUCAAAAGCCAGGCUGCCAUGCCAGUUCCUCGCCACAGCUUCCGCGUCUUUGCCCGGCAGGUAGCCACCAGUCAGAACUCAGCUCGCUUCAAUGUAGCUUUGGGACGAAGAGUGGAACAUCAGACUUCCUGGCACUGGCAGCGUCUUGCCGCUGCGGGCGUUUGCGCGGGGCUUUGCUCGACGAAAGUCGGGAACCAUUCGCGACCAGCUGCUGCCUCACGUUGUGCAGUGAGCACAAGCGCAGUUACGAUUGAAAAGCCAGACACUCACAGGUCUCGGCAGUAUGAGUACAUGUUGCUGAAGAAUGGAAUGCAAGUUGUACUUGCGUCCGACCCCAAAUGCGACAAAGCCGCGAUGGCUUUGUGCGUCGGCGUGGGGCGACUGCACGAACCAAAAGACAUGCCGGGUUUGGCGCACUUCUGUGAGCAUAUGCUCUUCCUGGGAACGGAGAAGUUUCCAGAGGAAGGCGAAUAUAAGCGCUUUGUGAAGCAGCAUGGAGGCAAGUGCAAUGCCUCCACCGGCGAUGACAAGACCUGCUACCAGUUUGACGUUUCACCUGCCUUUCUGGAGGGGGCCAUGGAUCGCUUCUCUCAGUUUUUCCUGACACCGCUCUUUACGAAGUCUGCCACGGAGAGGGAGAUCAAUGCCGUGGACAGCGAGCAUUCCAUGCGAAUCUCAGACGAUGGCAGGAGGUCGUAUGCUUCGCUGCUGUUAGAUGCAAAUCCAAAUCAUCCUCUGCAUUGGGGAUCUGGGAAUGCCAAGUCUCUUCGCGAUGAUCCGAAAGCCCGUGGAGUGGAGCUGCACUCGGAGGUCAUCCGCUUCUACAAGGAGCACUACACCGCCGAGGACAUGACGCUGGCGGUGCUCGGGAAUCAGCCCCUGGACCAGCUGCGGACAAUGAUCGAGGAGCGCUUCGAGGGUGUCGGCGUGACAGGUCGCCGCGCCUUGCGCGGGGACCAACAUGGAGCCGGUGAGCCGGCCCUGUUACACAAGGACUUCGCUGGGCUUUGUCUACGAACGCCGGUGCAAGAUGUUCGUUUGCUGAAGUUUUCGUGGCAGUGCCCAGAGUGGCAGGUGCCCCUCUGGAGAUCCAAGCCGGGGAGCUACGUGUCCCACAUGGUGGGGCACGAAGGACGCGGCUCUCUGCUGUCGUCCCUGAAAGCUGAGAAAUGGGCCACGGCGCUCUCUGCCGGGGUUUCUGAAGUCGGCAGCUUCUCACUCUUUCAGGUCACCAUCUCCCUGACUGAAGGGGGCUUAGACCAUGUGUCCGAGAUUGGCGAGCGCCUGUUCGCAUUUCUGGGGCUGCUGCGUGGGACGCCAAUCCAGAUCAGGGCCUUGCAAGAGGUCCAAACUCUCCGAGAGCUGGACUUCCGCUUCUCCGACGACUUGCAGCCCUACACCCUUGUAAGCCAGUUGGCCAAGAGCCUUCAGGAGUUCCCGCCCGAACAGGUGCUAUCCGCCCCUUACCGGAUACCGGAGAUGGACACAGACAGGAUCCAAGGCUUCCUGGGAAACCUCACGGUCGAGGGUGCUCGAGUCGAACUGGUCGCUAAGAAGCUGGAAGGGCGCUGCAGUUCAGAGGAUCCCUGGUACGGCGGCAAGUUCCUGCGGACAGACUUGGAGGAAGACUGGAGUCGAGCUUGGGCUGCGGCUGAGGACGCGACGGUGGCCGUGCAGAAGGCAAGCUCAUUCGGGCUAUCUCUGCCACCGGUCAAUGUCUUCGUGCCCGAAGACCUCACGAUCAAGACUGCCAGGGCGCCAGAGCUUCCCACGGAGUUGCCGGCCUCUGAUGGCUUCAUCUGCAAGGCCUUCUACCGCCCCGACGACCAGUUCUUGCAGCCGAAGUCCAUCGCAACCUUCCGAUUCCACCGGCCGAGAUCCUUGCAAGACUCAUCGAGCAAUCUUCGCUCCACCGUGUGGUGCGCCUGCAUAGCGGAGGAGCUAAACGAGUAUGCCUACGACGCAGAAGACGCCGGCUUAUCUUUUCGACUGAUGUCUUCCGCCUUGGGCGUCGACUUACAGGUGGCCGGCUUUCACGACAAAAUGCCGGUGCUUCUGGAGGCCAUUGUUCGGAAGAUGGCGGAAGCCAAAAUCUCCGAACAGUCCUUCGCAGUGGUCAAAGAUCGCUUUCUUCGAUUCUACCGCAAUCAGGCCGGCAAGCAGAAGCCUACAGCGUUUGCCUUGAGAAAGUAUCGGGAGCUCUUGGACGAGUUCAUCUUCACGCCUGAAGAGAGGCUGCAGGACCUGGAGAAGCUCUGCCUCGGAGAUCUCGAAGGGGAGCCUCGAAGGCUUUUUGCGAACUCGCCUGGCAGCGCCGUCUUCUUGGGCAACGUUGACAAGGAGGAUUGCCAAAGACUUUCUGGAAUUCUGAGUUCAGGCCUUGGUCAGCUGCGUGAAGGCAGCGGUGAGGACUCCGGCCCGCAUCGGCAAGCCUGUCUGCCCUCAGGGCGCACCCUGUGGACCCUGACUAAUCCAAAUCCGGAGGAUCGCAAUAACUGCGUGGAUGUGAUUUUCCAGAUUGACGGAACCUUGGCCAACUCUGCUUUGAUGCACCUUCUGGUGCGCCUGCUCAACAACAAGGCCGAGAUGUUGUCAAUUGCAAUUUCGACCGGCGCAGAUAACAUGGCGGCACAAAAGUUGAUCAUUGAAGGCUUCGAAGCAGUGAGGUUUCGUAUCCCGAGGAAGGGAACUUACCACCACUGCGCGGGCACCUUGAAGCACUACGACGGGGUUGUGCUGAAGCUUCAUGCAGGAGGCUUUACAGGACUUGGAGAGCUGAGCAUGCUCUUUCCAGAUCGCACAGGCACCACACCCGGCACCGCCCUUGACGUCUUCCAAACCUAUGUCGCUCCGAGACUAAUUGGCCAAGAUGCUUUGACCAUGGGGAAGACUUGGAGCAACUUGGUGAAGCUGGGCUCAGAUGCACAUGCAUUCCCUUACCAUCGGGCAGCGGUGGAUGUUGCAGUUCACGAUCUCGCGGCGAAAGCUUUAGGCGACAACUAUGCCAGCUUCACAGUCAAGGGCAGCGACAAUGUUGACGAGGAUCUUGAACGUUUCAGGGAACUCCGAGAGGUGCUUGGACCGGACUUCCCCUUGGAGAUUGAUCCGAAUCAAGCAUACUCUGUCCACGACGCCAUCAAGGUGGUCAAGGCGUUGGAAAACGACAAUCUCGCUGUGCUUGAGCAGCCCUGUGCAUGGUGGGACAUGGAAGGAUCAGCUCAAGUGCAGGCGGCCGCAAAGGAAGUGCCUGUGGUCGUGGAUGAGGGGGCCAUUUUCCCUUGGGAAAUUCGCCGAGUGGCUCAGAUGAAGGCAGGUCGUGGAAUCACGCUAAAGGUCGCUCACGGUGGCUUCACUGGGUGCUCCUUGAAUUACAAGAUGGCCGUGGAACAUGGGCUCUUCUGCAAUGUCGGCUCCAAGCAUACCAUGGGAGUUGGGACAGCAGCCAUUGCACAUUUCUGCGCCGCACACCCAGGAGUCUACCAGCCCAUUGGUUACGGAUCGCCGCGUGAGCGGUUCAUUGACGACAUCAUCAAAGGCGGCAUCAACUUCCACGAAGGUCGAUUGUACGUGCCAGAAGGGCCAGGACUUGGAGUGGAGCUAGACGAGGCGAAGCUGUUGGAGUACAGAGUGGGACAACGCCUCGCUGUCGGCAUGGUCCCGACUCCCAUGGACCUCCCGAACAUCCCUGUGCCAAGCGCUGGUCCGACAAUGUGGCCAGUGCAAUUGCAUGUAUAG